CGAUCAGCUGAUUGGUUUUUCUUUUCAUGGAAAAAAUUUAGUUGAUUCAUAGAUGAAUUUUGUUAACUCAAUUUUCAAUUGUUUACUUUUUUUAUUCUUCCUGUUUAUACAAUUAAUCUACUGUCAACUUCACAAUUUAAUUGAUGUUCCAAUUGUGAUUAAUUCUGUAAUUUGAUUUCUUUUUUUCCAAUUUUCUUUUUUUCAGAUUUUUCUCUUACACUUUCUCACUCGCUGCUCUUUUUAGUGGAAUCCAUUUCUCCCUCUUUAUCCAUUGGCUUUUUAUUACUUGGAACCUUCUUUUCUUGUGUGGUUGAUUUGUCUUUAAUUUUAAUUGGAUUGAUUGAAGUCUCUAUGUAAUGUCAACCAAUAUCGUUAAAUCGGCUGAUGAUUGUUACUUUUUUUUCAAUGCGACUUGUACCAAAGGCGAUGCUUGUCCCUUCCGGCAUUCCAAUGCUGCCUAUGGUUCCGAUGUUGUCUGUAGUUUCUGGAGAGAAGGUAAAUGUUUCAAAGGAAUUUCCUGUAAAUAUCGUCACAUGGAGAUCAGAAAAACACGUAAUAUGGUUGAAUGUUUCUUCGAGAGACAACCCGGUGGAUGUAAAAAGCCUCAUUGUCCUUUCCUUCACUCUAGUAGAUCACAAACAUCGAGAUCAACCGGUGAAGAUGGUGAUGGAAUCAAUAGUGAACUCGUUGAUCCGCAAAUUACUUCCAGUGAACAAUUUAAUAGUAAAUCAAUUUCAUCUUUAACUGACCCGGAGACUAAAGGAGGAGAGGGCGUUGGAUGUGGUGGUGGUGGUGGUGAAUUAACCAUCACAUCAGAGACCAAUCCGAAUGAAAGUUAUCUUAAACCUUGUUCAACUCCACCAUUUUCACCCAAUUCUUUGACUACCAAACUAUUACCUACUUCGCCCUCUUCCACAGCGGCAACCAUUGGAUCGGAACCUGUAUCGUUUAGUAUUGACAUUGCUGAAGAAUCGGAAAACGAACCGGAAGACAUUGGUCACCUUGAGAGAAAAUCAGUCAAAUUAACAUCAAGUAAUCAGAAUAUUGAAAAAAAUUUUGGUAUCAAAACCUUGGAACAAAUUAGAAUGGAAAAAGUUUUCCGAUCAAAUGAUGUGAAUAAACAAACAUCGGAACCAGAACAUUCGGGCACAUCUAGUAAACAGUUUCGAGUUAAAUUAAAAAGGAAAUCAAUUUCAACUAAUAGUAAUACAAUAACCUCUACCUCGCCUGGAGGAUUAUCCACCAUCACCACCAAUACCACUGCCGUUAAUGAGAAUGAAAGUAAAUUGUCCAAUCCUGGUUUUGGAAUAAAAUCUCUUGAUGAGAUACGUCGAGAAAAGGAGCAAAAUAUACAGACCAGUUCGAUAAAAAUGUCCACUGAUUGUGAAAAAGAAGAUGAUAAACCCAAGAAAGUGAUUAAAAUUAAACGAACUCAUAUAGAAAUCAAUAAACCAAGUGAACCGCCGUCAAAAGUUGUUAAGAUUAACACACUGCCAGUCUAUGGACAUGAAAGUGUUUCAACUAAUCCAGUUACCAAAUGUAAUUUAUCACCAAUUAAAGCAACUACAUCAACAAAAGUACAAUCACAAUCACCUCAAAGGAAACAAAUCAGAUUAACUCCACCAACACCAAAACAAACAUCGACCUGUUCAGAUUCAUUAAAAUCACCAAAACAAUCCCUACGAUUGAAAUUGAAAUCAACACCAAAACUAACAGCAACUCCGAAACCAAAAUCAAUUGCUGAACCAGUGCCAGUUAAACAACUAGAAGUUAAAUCACCUAAAGUUAAAUUACAACUAAAAAAACUGACAAUUAGCCCAAAAAAAGAGUCAACAAUUAAAAUUGAUGAUAAUGAACAAAAUUCAACCAAUCUAAGCAACUCAACUGAUAGAGAUAAAAAUGAAUCAUUGGAAACUGUUAAUUCCCUUUGUUCAAUUAACCAACAACAACAAGAUGAUUAUAAUGUUAUCACUGAUGAUGAUUAUGACGAUGAUUUUAAAGAUGGUGAAUAUAAUUCGGAAUCAUCAUCAAAUUUAUCAUUAAAAUUGGAAGAUAAACCGAUUGAGAAAAGGAUAAUCAUAUCACCAUCGAAAAGUCAAGAUGAAUCCAAAGAAAAGGAAAGGAUUGUUGAUGACGAUUUAACUGGUAACAUGGAACAAUCAAAUUCUCCAUCAAAAAAUGAUGAUGAUCUAUUAGAAGAAGAUGAUCUUCUAGCCGAUGGAGAAUCAGCUCCUGAUGAUGUAGCCAUUGAAGAUGAAGAUGAUGAAUUUUUAAAAGAAAUAGAACAUGUUAUCAACAGUUAAAAUCCACCAAAAGGAAUUAAAUUUUUUUGAUCUUCUCUUUAACUUGUUGUGUAUAAAUUUCAUCUCAUUUGUAAUUUGUUUCCACCAUAGAUUCAAUAUUAAGUAUCUUUUUUAACCAAAA